CAGGUCUCUCAGUUCGUGGAACAUUCUUGACCGAGUGAGACGUGGUCGUUCGGCGCGCAACGGAAUCUGCAGAUUUGAAGUGGACAGUUUUGUGUGUGUGUUUAAUCUUAUCUUUGGCGGUGACUCAGAGGAAUGGAUUUCCGUGUUUUCUGAACUAAAAAAGCCAACUUUCCUGUGAGAUACAAAACCCAAGUAAUUCAAACAGAAUCGUGCGUGGUGUGUGUGUUGAUGAAACUGAAACAGUGAAAAAAACGAUGGAGCAAAAAGAAGAGCUUGGCGAAUGGGUGUGGCUCGCGCCCAAGCAAAACAGCGAGUUCGAGAUCCCGUACGCGGGCCGUGUCCUGCGGACCCAUUCCGGCAAGACCCUUGUCGUGGACGACGAUGGCACGGAGAGCUGGGUUAAGGACAGCGAGGUUAUCAAGCCGAUGCACGUCACGUCACAGCGGACAGUUCACGAUAUGAUAACGCUGGGCGACCUGCAGGAAUAUGCCAUUUUGCGAAAUUUGAUUGUUCGAUACCGCCAAAAGCAAAUCUACACUUAUACAGGUAGCAUGCUGGUGGCUAUCAACCCGUACGAGAUUCUGCCGAUUUAUACGUUCAAUGAAGUUAAUCUGUACAGGGAGAAGAAGAUUGGCGAUCUGCCGCCGCACAUUUUUGCCAUUGGGGACGGAGCGUACCAGGAGAUGCGACGGGAUGGCCGCGAUCAGUGUAUCGUGAUCAGUGGGGAGUCUGGUGCCGGCAAGACCGAGAGUACAAAGUUGAUUCUGCAAUACCUGGCCGCUACUAGCGGGAAGCACUCGUGGGUUGAACAGCAGAUCAUCGAGUCGAAUCCGAUUAUGGAGGCGUUCGGGAAUGCCAAAACCGUGCGAAACGAUAACUCAUCACGAUUUGGGAAGUACAUUGACGUUCACUUCAACCGGGAGGGGGUCAUUGGUGGGGCCAAGAUUGAUCAGUAUUUGCUGGAGAAGUCGAGAAUCGUUUAUCAGAACAAGGGUGAACGAAACUAUCACAUUUUCUAUUCGAUGCUGGUUGGGCUGGGCAAGGAGGAGAAGAAGAUGCUAGAACUUGAGGAUGCUUCCAAGUACCAGUACUUGAUCAGGGGACAAACGCUGAACUGCGAUGGGCGAAAUGAUGCUAGUGAAUUCGCCAACGUAAGGUCAGCAAUGAAGGUUCUCGCGUUUACCGACCAGGAAAUUUGGUCAAUCCUUAGUCUGCUUGCAGCAAUCCUCCAUUUAGGCAACAUCAAGUACAAAUCAACCGUCGUCCAGAACAUGGACGCCGUCGAGGUGAACGAUUCUACAAACGCAACCAGGGUUAGUGGUCUGCUGGGAGUGACCAAAGGUGCCCUGGUAAACGCCCUAACCCGGCGGACCAUCAUCGCCCAGGGUGAGCGCGUGGUCUCGCAAGUGUCCAAGGAGCAAGCACUGGAAGCGAGGGAUGCGUUCGUGAAGGCAAUCUACGGCAAGAUAUUUCUGAUGGUCGUGAACAAGAUCAACAGUGCGAUCUUCAAGUCCUCGCCGAAGGGUCGAAUUUCGAUUGGGGUGUUGGACAUUUUCGGCUUCGAGCAGUUUGAGACGAACAGCUUCGAGCAGUUGUGCAUCAAUUUUGCGAACGAGAAUUUGCAGCAGUUUUUCGUGAAGCAUAUUUUUAAGAUGGAGCAAGCCGAGUACACCCGCGAGGGCAUCAACUGGACCAACAUCGAGUUCAUCGACAACCAGGACGUGCUGGACAUGAUCGGGAUGAAGUCGCUCCACCUGAUGGCCCUGAUCGACGACGAGACGCGCUUCCCAAAGGGCACCGACCUGACGAUGCUUUCGAAGUUGCACAGCACGCACGGGUCAAAGACGAUCUACCUGAAGCCGAAGUACGAUAAUGUUCCGGCGUUCGGCAUUCAGCACUUUGCCGGUACGGUGUUUUACAACGUGAACGGCUUCCUGGAGAAGAAUAGGGACACGUUUAGUUCGGAUUUGAAGGAGCUGGUGACGAAGAGUAGCAAUGAGUUUUUAGUAAAGCUGUUCGAGUCGGACGAUUCGCUGGACACGUCAAAGAAGAGCAUUACGUUGUCUCUGCAAUUCAGGAACUCGCUGGAAGCGUUGAUGAGAACGCUGUCGUCGUGCCAUCCGUACUUUAUUCGGUGCAUUAAGCCGAAUGAGUUUAAGAAACCAAUGAUCAUCGACAAUGCUUUGUGCGUGAGACAGCUGCGCUAUUCCGGUAUGAUGGAAACGGCCAAGAUUAGGAAGGCAGGUUACGCGAUUCGGCACACGUACACGGAGUUUGUGGAACGCUAUCGCCAUUUGGGUAGAGGAAUUGGUCCAGCUCACAAGGUUGAUUGUUUGGCGGCUUCGCGACAGAUUUGUGAGCGAAUACUGGCUGGUAUUCCAGACGAUUAUCAAUUUGGAAAGACGAAAAUAUUCCUGAAGGAAAGUCACGACCUGUUGCUGGAGUCGGAACGUUCGAGGGUCUACCUGCAUUACAUCGUAUUGAUCCAACGUGCCUUCCGUAGAAUUUUGUUCUUCAAGUACAUCCGCAAGUAUCGCAACGCUGCUAUUACAAUUCAGAAGCACUGGCGAGCGCGUGGCUAUCGAUCGAACUAUCUGGUGCAGCGAAAUGGCUAUCGCAGGCUACAAGCCGUGAUCAAGUCUCGUGAGUUGACCUACAAAUUUGGUCGACUUCGCUCAGCGAUCAUUAAUCUGCAAGCUCAGUGUCGUGGCUUUCUGACGCGAAAGAACCUUAAGGACAAGAUAACCUACAAAGCCCAACGCAUCAACGAGCUGCUUGUGAUGAGGCGCAAUGAAGAAGUCCAGUUCAAAAAGUCCGGGAACAAGCGUUGGCAAGAGGAUGCCGAACACAACUAUAGGCUGCGAGUCGACGAGCUGAACCGAGAACUGGCGCUGGAAGCCGAGGCUAGGAAGGCAGCGAUCAAACCACAACAGCCAAUCAACGUCGAGGAAGACAACAAGAUCGUAGACGAUGUGUUUGGUUUCCUAGACGGACCCAUGAGUCCGGAACCGGUCCCGAAGCGAAAGGCGUCCUUUGCCGAGGACCCCCAACCAGAAGACCCCGCCACCAGUGCGGCCCUCACGUCCGCAUACGGGGAAAAUUUUCCCUACCGCGAGGAUUUAUCCGACUAUAAUUUCGCCAAGUACGCGGCCACGUACUUUGCCAACAAUGCGUCCAAUCAAUUCAGCAAGCGCAAGCUUAAAUCCUCGCUGCUCGAUGUACCCAGCCCGGCCGACAUAAUUUCUGCGCAGGCCCUAUGGAUUACGAUUUUACGAUUCAUGGGAGAUAUGGCCGAGGCGCGAUACGAGGACGAUAGCGAAGACGUGAAACACAAGCCGGUCAUGCAGAAAUUGACGAAAACGUUGGGACGAAACUAUGCCAAGAGCAAAGAGUUCCAGGCUUUUCAGCAGAACUUGUCCGAGCAUGAGCGGAAGCUGAUCCACCGGACGUUGAAGCGAAAGACAAAGAUUCCGAGCGAGUUGAAGGCUAUUGUAGAGAAUACCGAUGAGAUAGCUGACUAUCAGGAAUUUUUGAACAACCGAAGCUCACAUUUGGAUAAGCUGCACUUUAUUAUUGGACAUGGCAUAUUGAACAAACAACUGCGAGAUGAAAUUUACUGUCAAAUCUGUAAACAGCUUACCAACAACCCCAACUCCACGUCCUACGCCAAGGGGUGGAUUCUGCUAUCGCUAUGCGUGGGAUGCUUUCCACCGUCGGAAAAGUUUGAAAAAUAUCUGCGAUCGUUCAUCCGCGAAGGACCACAGCUUUAUGCACCGUAUUGCGAGCAUCGCUUGGAUCGUACGGUGAAGAAUGGUACAAGGCGACAACCUCCCUCUUGGUUGGAGCUUCAAACGACCAAGACGAAGAAACCGAUUCUGGUGGUCGUCACGAUGAUGGAUGGCUCGAGCAAGAAUGUGGAAAUCGAUUCAGCCACAACGGCUCAGGAGAUGUGUGAAAAACUUUCGUUUGGCAUCGGUUUGAAGGACGUCUUCGGAUUCUCGAUUUUUGUCAUGCUCCAGGAGAAGGUGCUCUCGCUGCAGAGUGGUGGGGAGUUCAUAAUGGAUGCCAUUUCGAACUGUGAGCAGUAUGCUAAAGAACAGGGUGGUAAUGAACGCAAUGCUCCGUGGAAGAUCUUCUUUCGCAAAGAGAUGUUCGCCCCGUGGCAUGACCCGGCAGUAGAUCCCGUGGCUACGAACUUGAUUUACUCACAGGUGGUUCGUGGGUUGAACUUGGGCGAGCUGGUUAGCACCUCGGACAAGGACAUUGCUAUGUUGGCUGCCUUGCAGUAUUACGCCGAUUAUGGCUUUGAGUUGAACAGUAAGACGCUUCAAGAUCGACUUAAGGACUACAUUCCGAGGCAGUUGGUGCGCGCGGAGACUGCAACGCGAUGGGUUCAGUUGAUCGAGACGGCAUUUAAACGAAGCCGUUGCGUCAAGGAUGGGCUCCAGAGAAUCGCUGCCAAAGAAGACAUUGUACUGUUCGCAAAGAUCACUUGGGGUAUGAUGUUUUCCCGAUUCUACGAAGCAGUUCAAAUUGACGGUACAAAGCUUCCCACGAGCAAUAUUAUCAUUGCGGUAAAUUGGUCGGGAAUAUUCUUUGUGGAUGAUCAAGAACAAGUCCUGCUGGAGAUCUCCUAUCCGGAAAUUAUGCAAAUUGAUUGCGAUGAUGGGGAUGACAAUGAUGUUGGAACACUGUUCAUCAACACUAUCCAGAACGAGGACUUCGUAUUCAAAUCAUUUGAGGCGAAAGCAUUGUCCAACUUGAUCAACGAUAUCCUGAAAGAGCUGCGAAACAGAAGUAUCUAUGCGGUAGCUGUUCGCACUCAUUCAGAUGAAAGUCAGACGGAAUCUAUGCUGAGUCUGUUGAAGGGAGAUCUUGUAACGCUUGGGCAAGGUUUUACCGGGGAAACAAUCCUAGCCGAGGACGCUACCUGGGGGUUCGGUGAGUCCAACGGAAGAUCUGGUUACUUCCCGACGGAGGUGGUUUACAUUCUACCGACUAUCAUGCCACCUCCUGCCAGCGUUCUUAGUUUGUACAGGAGGGAAGGAGUCCUUAAACCCAGAAAGCAUGCGGCACCGAAUUAUAACACUAUUCAACGCAAGAAGAUGCACACCUUGCAGCGCUUUGGUUCCGAGAACUUCCGGGCCCCAAUUAGCGUGACUUCAAACUCGUCAACGCUUAGCAGUAUCAGGAAGUCGACAACCGAAGAGCUAUGGAGACACACGCGAGAACCGAUGAAGGCACCACUGCUGCAAAAGCUUCAACCCGACAAGGUGCAUUCGGAAAUUGCAGUAGCUGUAUUCACUUUGAUCUUGAAGUACAUGGGAGACCUACCCAAAGGACGUGAAUCGAUCGAUACUGAUAGAAUCUUCGGUCCUGCCUUGAACAACGACUUGCUUAGAGAUGAAAUCUUCUGCCAGAUAAUGAGACAGCUAACGGAUAAUCAAAUUCAGAUAAGUGAGGAACGUGGUUGGGAUUUGCUAUGGUUGGCUACCGGUGUAAUGGUACCUGGACAACAGCUCUUGAAGGAGCUUUUCAUGUUCCUCAAAAGUAGAAAGCAUUCGUUGGCCCCAGAGUGUCUGCAACGAGUUCAGAAGACGCUGAAAAUUGGUAACAGGAUGUUCCCACCAUAUAUUGUGGAAGUUGAGGCAAUUCGUUAUAGAUCUGUUGAGAUCUACCACAAAGUCUACUUCCCAGAUGAUACCGAUGAAGCAUUCCAGAUCGAAUCUUGUACUAAGACAAAAGAUUUGCUGCAAACGAUCACCAGACGUUUGGAUCUGAAGUCCAUCGAAGGGUUCAGUUUGUUCAUCAAGAUUGGCGACAAAGUGUUCUCGAUGCCCGAGGAAUACUUCAUUUUUGACUUUAUAUACGAGCUGAUGGAAUGGAUGAGAGAGACGAUGCCGUCAAGAUCGAACGAUAAUCGCAUUAAUUGUGAAUAUCAGCUGUUCUUCAUGAAGAAACUAUGGAUUAACGUGACUCCGGGGAAAGAUCCAAUCGCAGACGAGAUGUUCUACUUCUAUCAGGAAGUUCCCAAAUUGCUUCAAGGAUACUACAAACUGACCAAGAUGGAAGCAGUUGAGCUAGGGGCAUACGUGUUCUGGGCUCAGUAUGAAGAACAAGAUGUACAACAUCUGCAGAAGGCGUUCCCUGAUAUGUUGCAUGGUCUGAUUCCCGAGGAUGUUGUCAGGAUGCAAAAAAUAGAUCAGUGGAAGAAGGACAUCUUGGCGAAGGUUAAUGCAUUGAAGGGAAUCAGCCAGGCGGUCGCGAAACUGGAGUUCUUGAAGAUUGUGCAUAAAUUUCCCAUGUUUGGAUCUACGUUUUUUGUUGUCAAGCAAACUACAGAUCAAAAUUUACCAGACACGUUGCUGGUGGCCAUCAACAAACAAGGAUUUAACCUUAUCGAUCCACGUACAAAGGACACCUUGUCUCAGUACAGCUUUAUGGAGUUAAAUUUCUGGAGCUCUGGUAACACUUACUUCCACAUCAAGUUCGGCAACAUGAUGGGUUCCACAAAAUUGCUUUUGGAGACCAAGCAAGGCUACAAAAUGGACGAUCUACUAACAUCGUACAUACGACACUUUAAGACGCAAGGACAACGAAACUAGAUCAAAUAUUUUGAAUAUGUAUUAAGUAGUAUUGUAUCAGUUAUCACAACAAUUGCAUUGAUCGUAAAUAUAAUUCAGACAUAUCCAAGA